CGAGCCCCUGCACAACCCUGCUGGUCACACUGGAUAGCUGGAGGUGGUGGGGGCUCCUUCCCGUCCCAGUUUCCCAGGCUUUCACACGAUGGCAGCAGAGGCGAGGGAACAUUCACAGCGGCGGGAGCCGGGCUGAGUGAGGGUUCUGCUCCUGGCACAGCUGCCCUCGCUGCCAUCCUGCUCUGCCCAUGCUGCCCCGGUCUGCUUUGCUGCCAUCGCAGCACACGCUGCCCUCCAUGCCAUCGCUGUCCUUUGUCCCCGCCCGUGCCACCUUCACUGCGCACGCUGCCCGUGUCGCCCCCGCUGUCCUGUGCCCGCUCCCCCGCCUGCCCACGCUGCCCUCGCACCCCUCCCUGCCCGUGUUCCCCACUCAGUUCUCGCUGCCCCAGCCUGCCCCGCACUCAGGAUCAGGCCCUGGCUCCUCCUCCAGCCCCGUGACGGUCCCAGAGGUGACACUACCUGCCCAACCUGUGCUGCGACACCCAGUCCCACCCCUUGAGUCAAGCGGCCGCGCUGUCGCCAGCUUGUCUUCUGUCGCUGCUGCUGUCCCAGACCCUCCGCGCUCCCCUGGACCCGCUUCGCUCCCGCUCGCUCCUCGACAGAAAGGGACCUCUGGUCGCUCCGUGUCCUCCCUCGGCGCCUCCGGGAGCCCGGCCCGCUCCGCCGCCUGCUUGAGGCUCGGCAGCGGGAAGGAGGAAACCCAGGGCGGCCCUGCGAGGGCAGGCGGCAGCCGAGCGACAUGAGCAGCGCCGAGGAGGACUACAACUUUGUCUUCAAGGUCGUCCUGAUCGGGGAGUCUGGGGUGGGAAAAACAAACCUGCUCUCUCGUUUUACCCGCAACGAGUUCAACCAUGACAGCCGCACCACCAUCGGCGUGGAGUUCUCCACGCGCACAAUCCUGGUGGGAGAUGCCGUGGUGAAGGCUCAGAUCUGGGACACUGCUGGACUGGAGCGCUACCGUGCCAUCACCUCAGCGUAUUACCGGGGGGCUGUGGGUGCCCUGGUCGUGUUUGAUAUCACCAAGCACCAGACAUACGAUGUGGUGGACCGCUGGCUGAAGGAGCUGUACGACCAUGCCGAGGCUAGCAUCAUUGUCAUGCUGGUGGGAAACAAGACUGACCUCGCACAGGCUCGAGAGGUGCCCAUGGAAGAGGCGAAAAUGUUUGCAGACAACAACGGGCUGCUGUUUGUUGAGACCUCGGCGCUGGACUCCACCAAUGUUGAGGAAGCAUUUGAGACCAUCCUGAAGGAAAUCUUCUACAAAGUGCAGAAGCAGAAGCAGAGGAGCAGCCAAAGCAACACGGUGUCACUUGCCAGUGAGAACCCUGAAGGCAUGGCCCCAGCACAGGCGGAGAGGCGCCCGUGCUGUGUGGCCCUCUGAGCCACUGGGCAACCUGGGAACUCUCCCAGGGACCCCCACAGCCCCGGGACACACCAGUGGCCACCAGCACAGGCUGGUGUCACCCUGUCUGCAGCGCCACUCCUGUCCUGGUGCAGUGGGGACCAGCAGCCUGGGCAGGGGCCAAAUUCUGCCAUAAACAGUGAGAAGUGCCAGUUCCAGGAGCUCUUCUCUCUCUGUUUCAUUUUUGCUGAGCCCUGAUUAGCAUCACCACUAUCACGCACCGUUUCAGCCCUUCUUGACCUCCAGGGGAAGGGGCCCAGGACACCCCUAAGGCACCUCUGGGGAAGAAGCCAGGAGGUUCUGGGCAGAUGAUGCCAGCUACAGGAGCCUCUCUGAUUGCCUCUGGCCCUGGGCUUGCUCCUGUAGGGCCACCCUGUGCUGUGCACUAAGGAUGUGGCUGACCAACAGGCACCUGUCCCACCAGGGACUGCUCUGGGGUUGAUCCAAGCCCUGGGGUGUGAAGUGGCAGCACUCAGCCCUUGAGCCUGUCUCAUCCCUAGACAUCUGUCCCAUCCCUAGACAUGGGGCACGUGUGGCAGCAGGACCAAACAAAGGUGCCUGCUUGGCACCUGUCUGCAUGGUGGGACAGAGCUGAGCACAGGGCCCAGUGCCAUGGGGCCGGGAGCAGCUCUGUGUCCAGCACGGGUGUGAUGCAAUCAUUAAAGGACUUGUGAAAUGCAGGUUUA